UCCUGACACAUUAAGUGAAGUAGAAUGUGCUUUUACUUUUUCACUGUCAAAUAUUUUCUUUACUUAAGACACAAUAUGAGUUGGAAUUAUUGCAAUUGUACAUUUGAUGUGCAGCCUAGAUGUUUAUUGUUUCCCUGAGCACCUCCACAGAACAUAUAAGCAUAUAAGUUUAUAUGAUAACAUCUCACUUGUAUCUCAAUUGUUCAAUACCUGUGCAGGUGCAUAAAAAAUAACAGAACAGCAGGUUUUAUAUGAUAAUUAUGACUUUUUGUGUCAUAAUUAUGUUUUUGAUUAAGACUUUUCUCUUAAUUGCCAUUGCUUUCAUUUCUUAUUUAUGACUUUUUAUCUUAUAAUUUUGACAUUGUCUUAUAAUUGUCUUAAAAUUACGAUGGUAAACAGGAAUUUAGAAAGCAAAACAAAUUGUUUUUUUUAUGUCUUGUUAUUGAUUAUAAUCCCCCCCAAAAAUUAACAGAAAUGAGUGAUAUUAGUGAUAUUCUGUCACCUCAUCGGCAGAAGGUUUCCUGAUGUAAAGACAAAAGCACUUAAUCUAUAAUUACAGGCAGUUUCCUUUAAACUUUUAUCAGGUUUGACCUAUUUAUCAAACAAUGAAAAUAAAAGGAGAAGGGGGUUAAUAAUCAACUUCACUUUGAAGACGGAUUCCACAUGUCGAUCGACGUCUGGUGAAGUGGUGACCUACUUCCUGCAAAAAUGUAUAGUGCCCUGCUUUAAGAGGCCACUGAUAAUGAGAACACUGCAGAAUGGAAAUCCACUCAACACAAACAACUUCCACCUACUGCACCAGAACAAAAACUAAAGUCUAUAAUUACAGUUAGUUUAAUUAGAUGAUAUUACGUGCAAGUGAUAAUUAAGAAUGUGACGAGACACAACCUUCAAAUCAACUCACACCUGCCUAACUUCUAUAAUAGUAAAUGAAUCUAUAGUAUAAUAACUUCUCCCUGCAGCUCCAUCGCUGUGUGUUGAGUUAUUAAUCAGAUGUGUCAGUCUGUCGCUGACUCACCUGUGUGGGAGGUUUGUCAGAAAAAAUUACCCAAGAAAUGACUGCAUCUGGUGUUUUCCCCAAAGCCGUUUCGUUUCCAAAAAUAAAUUGAUGACUAGAUAACUGUCUGUGGGGGAAAACAAAGACCUAUAUCUGAGACUGAAGUGGCUGCGACACUGAUUACUGUUUGUUUUCUCUCGUGUUACCAUCUUCUGCCCUUCACCCUGCACAUUUACAUCGCCAGAUAAAAGGACAGUUUAAAUCAGGUAUCAUGCGUCAAUCCUGGAUUAUCUGAUUGUGCCCGCAGGCUCAGAAAGACCUCCUCCCUUUGUUCCCCCUGUGGCUGUGGUAUGUUUGCGCGUCAUGUGUUUGUGGAGUGACUGACAGGAAGAAGUAAACGCACGCGGGCCACAUGAAGCCACAGCCUCCAGUGACAUCACAUCAUGUCAUGCUGUGUCCCUGCGAGGAGGCUCACACUUCAGGAAAAACCAGUUUGGAGACAUUCUGUUCUGUAUCCUCCCUGCUCCUUAUUCUGCUGUUUUGCUGUUUUGUGUGUAUUCACCACUUGACAGUCUCUCCAGGUUGUUUCACCGAUUCUGCUUCUGCCUGCGACUUCUGACCAGCUGAUCAUGGACUACCAUCAGUCUUUCUCAGCCCUCAACGAGCGGCUGAGACCUCGAGUGACCAGCAGUCAACAGCUCUACUCCUCUCUGACCAGGGUGGAGGAGAGACAGUCAGGCUCGCUCAGGAGCUUGCCUUCAUCCAACCGACCUACUUUUCCAUUCAUGACACCAGAACCAAAAGAGACAACAGCAGAACCAGAAGAUCCAGAGGAACCUGAAGGUACUGCAGAGCAGGAUUUUGUCUCUGGUGGCCUAGAAGAAGGUCGUUGUGCUGAUUCAAAGCCCUUUUUCAACUCAUGCCUCAUCACCGAAUUGAAUUUAAAAGAUCUGGGUGACGAGGAGCUGGCGGACGAGGACACCAACACCUCGCCGUCCGAGGACAAAGACAUCCCAGGUGAGCUAGUCUCAAAGGGGACAGGCAAGUCCUCGGAGUCAGCAGGCGGCGAAGGUGGGAGCCCCUUCCAGAGGAGCUACGAGGACGGGUCUUUACCAGACCUGAUCAGGAGCGGGAGGCCACUGGCAAGACGUCGGACAGUGGGACAUGUCUCAGACACGCUUAAAGAGGUGCGCAGGGAGGUGGAGCUGUCUCGGAGACGGAGCAUCAAACUCAAGGCUCAGGUGGACAAACUUCAGGAGAGCAGAGAAGGAGUGGGAUGGAGCCAACACAGAGAGAGGGUCACGGAGGAGGUUCUGUCCGUUCUGCGGCUGUUGCGCCCGCUGACCGAGCCGGCGUCCACCCAACCUGAACCCUCUCGUGGGGAGAACACCCUGGACGAAGCCCUGGUCCAGCUGCAGAAUGUGGCGCGCCAGCUGGCGAUCAGCCACACCAAACAGUUCACAUCUAGAAACGGAGCAGGAGACAGUGCUCUUCUCCAGCAGGCGCUGUGCGACAGAGAUGACGCCAUAGAGAGGAAGAAGGCGAUGGAGGCGGAGCUGCUACGGAGUAAAACGGAGAUGAUGUCUUUGAACAACCAGCUGCUGGAGGCCGUGCAGAAACGCCUGGAGCUGUCGCUGGAGGUCGAGGCCUGGAAGGAGGAUCUCCAGCUGCUCAUGCAGCAGCAGGUGCUGGCUCAGCAGCAGGCCGAGCAGGCCCAGAGGAAGUCCUCCCGUAUGGGCAUCCUGAGGAGACACAACAAACCGCCCAUCCAGCGACCUUCCAACAUCACUUGCUCAUCACCAGCCCCUUCCACAGUAAACUCCAGCCAAAUCUUCAUCUCCAGAUCGGCGGUUUCUGCUGCUCCCACUCUCAGCGCGCCUUCUCCUCCCAGCUCCCGACGCAACUGGAUGGACAAGCUGAGGAGGGGCAAGAGCAGCAGCCGUCAAGAAGAGCAGGACUCAGAGUGGGACGCCGGUGACAACGGCUUCCAGAUCGUAUCACUCGAUUGAAACACUGAUGACUUUGCACUUUGAGCACAUUUAUUCUGACGCACAACAAUUUAAAGUCUUCCUCCGGGCUGUUUUUGCUUAUUGUCACUUGGCCGUUUGGGCUUCAGUGACAUUUGACACUAACGGGCUGUUUCUGUGUGACUGGUUUUGUACAGCAGUGGUUCAACACGCAUCACUUCAGUGCACACUGAAGACUUUUCAUUGAAUUGGAGACACCCAGUUGCACUUCUUCAAUUAAUAUCUACAUAUGUAUCGAUUCUGAAACCAGGGAGGAAUUUUAAUAAUCUUUUUGUGGAACAACCAGAUCAUCGCUCCAAACAAGCAGAGUAUUUAAUGUUUUGUCUUAAAAGAUGUCUGCUGGGAUUCCUUUAAGUAUUCUUUUGUCAUUUACUGCACGUGUGACAUAUAACUGUGUGUAUGAAUGAGUUAUGUAUAUCUGAAUGCUGUAAAGCCUCACGCUUCAAGUUCCUGAAUGUUGUGAGUCGCCAUGUUGUAAAUAAAUGAUAUUCUUCUACAAAAGCUC